AUGCAUCACUUGAGUAAAUUUAAGAGGAAAAAAUUAAAACAAUUGAAUGAAACAAAUAAUUUCACAAACAUUAAUGUUAAAUAUAGCUCAACAAAUGACAAAGAUUGUGAAAUGGAUUUACAUAGUGGCGAAGUAGCUUUAUUAGGUUAUCAAUUGAAGAAAAUGGAUUUGCCAAUUAGGAACUAUCAAAAUAUUUGCAAUACAAGAAAUGCUUCGUUAGUAGAAGUUGAACAAUCAACUAAUGAAUUAAUCAAAAAUUUAAAAAAUCUUCAAAACUCAGAAAUGUACACAACAAAAAAACACUCAAUUACUACUCAAUUAGUAUCAAUUGAUUUUUUAGAAAAACUUUCAACUGUACAAUGUAAUAAUAAACAAUUAUUUGAUUUAAUUGAUUUUUUCAUUCAGAAUUUAAUUGAAUGCUUAAAAAGAAGAAGUAUAGAAAACAAAGAUGAAAAUGAACCAGAUCAGUAUGAAGAGAACAAUAAAUUAAACUUACUAAUUUAUUCAAGUUUUGAAAUUUUCAAUAACUAUUUAAAUAAUUUCACAAUUUACAAAAAUUUAAAGGAUUAUCAAAUUCCAUAUUUGAAUAAAUUAAUUACUGAAAUUUUAAAAAUUUAUUAUAAUAACAUCAAAUUGUUUAAUCAAUGGUUUUUAGAAAAUGGUAUAAAUCAUAAAGUUGAAAACACAAAUAAUUUGCAUUAUAUUAUUUUGAAUUUAUUAUAUAAUGAUUUUAAAAUUUGUGGAUAUAAGAAUUAUUUAGAAUUUAUAAAAUUGAGUAAUAAUUCUAAUGCAGUUUGUGAAUAUUUGAUUGAUAAAAUCAAAUUAUAUGAGUAUUUGGUUGAAUUGUAUUUCAAAUCAUUAUUUCCUAAAAAGGAAGAAGAAAAAGAACCAAAUAAUGAUGAAGAAUUGUUGAAGACUAUAAUAUUAACUUUAGAAUGUAGUUGUGAAAAAGUAAGAAAUGCAUAUUUCACAAUUUAUGAAAAAAAGUAUGAUUUUGAUAAAAUGAAUGAAUGCAAUUUUUGGAAUGAAUUUGAUGACUUUAUCUUAUCAGCUUUGAAAAUUAUGGAUCAAUAUCAUACAACGAAAGUAAUGGAUGAAUUUUUCGAUAAUGAUUUGUUUUUUCAAUAUUCUACGAAAAAAUUUCAACUUUAUAGCAAAGGGAAUACUGAGCAUUAUAAAAGUAUCAAAUGCUUGAAAAACAAAGGAACUAAAUUCAAUUAUUUUGUUGAUGAGAAAUUUAUUUUGUACUUAGACUACUUGAUUAUGUAUUUGAAGAAUCAAACUCACUCAUUCACUUUUUUGUUUGGGGAUGAAAAUCAAGAAAACAAUGAACCAAAUGAAGAAUCAAAUAAGUUAUUAAGAACACAAAUAAUGUCUAUUGAAAAUUCAAACACUAAGGAUAUUGUUUCUAAUUUUAUGCAUAUUUUGAAUAACUAUUCAGGUUAUAUAGAAUCAUAUACUUUCAAACCUAAAGAAAUUAUAUCAAAUAAUUAUUCCAAGAUGUUAUUACAAUUUUUUCAAAAUGAUCCAAAAUUAAAUUCUAAAUUGAUGGAACUUUCAUUAGUAAUAUUCUUAAAAUUUAAUUUACUUAACAGUUCUGAAUUCAUGAAAAUAAUCAAUUUUUUAUAUGAAGCUCAUUUAACUUAUUUUGAACAAUUGAAAAAAUAUCAAAAAUUCGAAUAUGAUGAAAUUGAAAUUAAUAAAAUUAAAUCUUCAAAAUGUGAGGUUAAACUGUCUGAAAUUCUAAACGAUUAUGAAUUAAACGAAGUACCAGAAAUUGACUAUGAUAUUUUACCUUUAAAUUUAAGUUUAUUUCCUCAAUUAUUGAUUAAUUUUUAUGUUUCCACUAAAUUGAAAAGAAAAUGA